AUGACAAUUGAAAUGGUUGGUGGGCAGAGCGACGAUGUCCACCAGGCACCCGCCGACAUCACCCCCGCUCCGAUGGGCGACUACACCUUCCCGGAGUUGCGCCUCAAGCGCACAAUGACUGACCCAGAAAAGACCCCUCUAUUGCUGGUCGCCUGUGGUUCCUUCUCCCCAAUUACCUAUCUACACUUGCGCAUGUUUGAGAUGGCCGCCGACCACGUCCGGUUUAGCUCCAAUUAUGAGCUCAUUGGCGGGUAUCUGUCGCCGGUGUCGGAUGCCUAUCGCAAGGCUGGUCUAGCUAGUGCGGAGCAUCGGGUUGCGAUGUGCCAACUCGCUGUGGAUCAAACAUCCGACUGGUUGAUGGUGGAUACAUGGGAGCCGACUCAGAAGGCCUACCAACCUACGGCUGUGGUAUUAGAUCACUUCGAUCACGAAAUCAACGUUGUUCGUGAAGGAGUGGACGCCGGAAACGGAACUCGGAAGCCCGUUCGGAUUGCUCUGCUCGCGGGUGCAGAUCUCAUUCAUACCAUGUCCACACCCGGUGUGUGGAGCCAGAAGGAUUUGGAUCACAUUCUAGGCAAAUAUGGGUCCUUCAUCGUGGAGCGCAGUGGAACGGAUAUUGAUGAAGCCCUAGCCAGUCUGCAACCCUGGAAGGAUAACAUCCAUGUUAUCCAACAGCUUAUUCAAAAUGAUGUCAGCAGCACAAAGAUUCGACUCUUCUUGAGGCGUGAGAUGAGCGUGCGCUACCUUAUCCCUGUGCCCGUGAUUCAUUACAUCGAGCAACAUCACCUCUAUGAGGAUGAUGGCACGGGGGAGAAGGGUAAAGAGAGGCAGGAGGGGCGAUCAGGAUGA